AUCUUCUCUUCCAAAGAGUAUCGCCCGGAUGACGGAUGUUUGUAAACAUUAAUCAGAUUCUGCACUGCAAACAUCAUCAACAGGGAUCAACAAGUAUCAUUCACGCCAUAGUAGUACAAACUCGCAGUGGAGCAUAAUAAUCGUAUAUCAGCAUCAUGGUGUACAUGAGUGUACUUCAUGACUCAGAUACUCGUCUGAAGCUACUUCGAGAGCCAUCACUCUUGUCAAAGGCUGUAUUCAUUGGUUUCCUGAUAGGAGUCAUUGGUGUUUUCCUUUUCGGCUCAGAAUCAUGUUUUUUCAAGGUGUUGAUUGGGCUUGUCACAGUGGGGCUCAGCUUCUUUAUGGUUGAUAACUAUGAGAUUUGCGAAUUUGACAAAGAACAAGGAGAAGUGCGUCUGUCUCGUCUACACUGGUUUCAAUACCUGUUGGAUGUAGGCAUGCAGCCAUACAUUGUUGUCAAGCUUGAAGAUAUAAAAGACGUCAAAAUUGAAGAACAAGGAGGAGAUGCAGGCAAAAGAUCAUUUCAAGUAGCCCUGUCCUUGUAUUCUGGAGUACAGCUUGGCAUCACAGAAAUUUUCACUACAGAUCCAAUUGAGCAGCACAAGGCUCUUUCUAAGAAAAUCAUGAGCUUUGUAAGUAGCACUGCUCCAACUUAUGGUGUUGAUGAUGUGGACAAGGAGAGCAGAGAUGAAGACAAAUCCUCUGAAGAUGAUGAUGAGGAUGAUUUUGAACAAAUUUCUAAAGCAGAUCUUGAGGAUAUGGAAGAAGGACCAGCAUCAAAAGAAACAGAGCCAGCAGAAUAACUCAGCCACAUACAUAGUUCAUCUGUAGUGGCACCAACUAGAAAACUAACUAAGCUGCCUUUGUAGGAAAACAUCUCUAUAGGAUCAUCCGUAAAUUGAUCACAUUACAAAAGUUCUCUAAGAUAAUGCAAAGCAUUUGUCGCUGAGAUAGGCAGAUGAGUCAGGCUACUGCUGAUUUUUUACUUCUUACCUUUGUCAUCACGUUUUUAAGUCAGCAACUCCAGUCGUGCUUGUUCUUACUGUCUAAUGUAAUGAACAUUUCGGAUUAUUUUGUAGUGACUAGUUUUUUUGUGAUAACUUUAGAAAAAUACUAUACAUAAAUUUAAAUAAACCUUUUAUGACAUAGCUUUGGAAACUGGUUUUUUAUUUUAUUAUUUUUGGGAUUCAUACGUUGUUUUGAAAUUUGUCCAAUUGCAAUGAAAUUUUCUUUUUUUUU